GAGCAAGUUUUAUCAGAAGAUAUCUUCAGGUCGUAUCUGUAGUACGAUAACAUGCGUGUUCCUAAGCUCAUGGCGCCGCGCCUCUAAGUUUUCGUCGCUUCUUUGCCGGUUCCAGUCUUGCCACAAGGUGAUUUUUUUCAACGAUUUCGAAAUGAAGUGAAUUUCUAAAAGUAGCCUCCAGUUGUAGAAACCAACAAUGAUUGGCUCGAUCUGAUGAGAAGAGUGUCAUUCUAAAACUGUUCUGGAGAGGAAAUAUCGCGUGUGGAUUUCUGGAGCGGCCUGAUAAUGACCAUUGGACCUCAGGAGGUGAUGAGGUCGGAGGUUGAAGGUCUGACAGGACCAGCUCAUCCAAUUUCCGAACAAUCGAUAGACUGUGGAUGUAGCCAAGUACGAUGUCCGAAAUUAGCACGAUUUGCAACACGUCGAGUGUUUGUAAGCCUCCUCUGUUGGCUUGGUUUAUUGCAGGCGGCAGCACAUGCUUAUCUUUACACUACUAGUGCCACAAUAGCCAGAAGAUUUCAAAUUGAUCCCUAUUGGAUGGAAUGGGUACUUGCAGUUUCGGAAAUUACACCCUUUUUUCUAGGUCUUUUAAUAGCCUACUGGGGUGAUAGAAUUCACAGAACAUCUUGGCUAGGUGGUGCAAUUUUUGCACAAUGCAUUGGUUAUUUUUGUAUUAUGAUGCCAAAGUGGGAUACAAACUUUAGAGUUAUAGAGGAAACGGCAAAUGCAACUCACAUGUCCUUGCAUUCAGAAGAAAAUCAGGAACUCUGUUCAAGUGGAUUAUCAAGACUCAUUUUCGACGAUGAGCAGCUUCAAUAUGGAAUGCUAGCUGUGCUGAUAUUGGCACAAAUCAUAACAGGCGUUGCAAAUGUUGGUUAUUAUGCUUUGGGAAUUUCUUAUCUGGACGAUAAUACAAAAAAAAUUCACGUCCCAGCUCACCUUGGAGUUAUUGUUGCUGUGAAAAUUAUUGGCUCCUUGUUUGGAUACAUUCUGGGUUGGGCCUGUCUGAGAAUAGAUUCUGAAAAUUUAAAUGCUGUGGAAUCCUAUCGAGAACAGAUUGGAGCCUGGUGGCUUGGAUGGCCAAUUCUUGCAAUUCUACUGGCAAUGCCUGCCACAUUUCUGUCAUGGUUUCCAAGAAGAUUACCUUCAGAGGUAGUUGAACAAGCUGCAGCGACAAUACUGGACGAAGCAAAUGGAAUGGGUCGAGAUACUCAAUCGUCCUUUAAAAAAGUCGGCAGUACACGAUUUUUCCCUUCUAUACUGAGACUCGUUUCUAAUAAGAUCCUCGUAUGCAACGUUUUUGCUGCCGCUUUCUGUGCCACGGCCGUUGUUAAUUUUAUAGUAAAUGAAAACAUAUUUCUUGAGUCUCGAUUUUAUACACCCAGGCCAACUGGCAAGCUUUUGGGAUUCAGCGAUCCGCUUAUCUCCAGAUUAACAACAACACUUCUAAAGCCCCUGGUGAUUGGAUUGGUCGCGAUUGUAUCCGGUUUACUGAUUGCUAGAGUAAAACCCAAAGCUAGGACACUCGUUAUUUAUAGUAUCGCAAUCACUAUUGUAACGGGAAUUUUACUCUUUUCUCUUGCAUUCGUGACCUGCGACAAGGCACCAAUAGUUGGAGAAAAACGAAGUGGGCAGUUUUCUUUACUGAGGCACUGCAAUUAUAAUUGUCAGUGUUCGCGUGACGCUGACUUCAGACCAGUGUGUGAUAAAGCUGGAAAAAACACAUUUUAUAGCCCAUGUCAUGCUGGUUGCACUCAUGUUGAUGAAAUAAGAGGUGAAAAAAUUUACAGUGGCUGUGGUUGCCUUUUAACUCUGGGAUUGACUGAUGAUAGGGCCACUGAUGGUCCAUGUGGGUAUGAUGACUGCCAAUUUGGCUGGGUGAUUUUUGAGAUUUUCACACUACUUGCUUAUUCUCUACUAGCAUCAAUCAUCGUAGGAGACCUGCUAAUAAAUUUAAGAGCAGUCUACGUCCAGGACAAAGCACUCUCGAUAGGAUUUUGGAUGACACUGGUAGCAGUGUUUGUCCACGUGCCGGGAAAAAUAAUUUAUCAAAAAAUGGCCAAUGUCACCUGCAAUUAUUGGGGAACAGAAAACCACAUUUGUCAUUUGCAUCAUUCCAGGAAUCUUGGAUACUAUUUGUGUUUUGUAACAGCUUUGUUACUAGCAAUUAGUGCUUUAUUCAAGGGUCUAGUUUGGUGGUUCUGUCGAAAUUUGAGAGUUUAUGAUCUGCCAGUUGAGGAAGAGCUACCUGGAAGGGAACUGGAAGAAAUCAGCAGAAUUCAAAGACAGCCAUUGUUGAUUGAAGAGAUUCAGCCAUCAGAACCUCAACCUGAAGAAGAAGAAUCAAAUCAACCAGAUCCUAGCACACUAGAAGAAUCAGUAUCCGCGUCAAUAGUCAUCGAACCAGUUCAGGACCUGCCAACAAAAUUAGAGGAAGAUCUUCAAAAAAGUAAUGGUCCACUAAAAUAUGGUCCGAUAGGACCCGGAGAUCGCAGAACCUCCGAAACUCCCGAAUCUAUAAAUGAUCAACUUCCCGAAAUAAAACCCGAAAGUUACGAAACUGAUAAUGAACUAGAGACUUCCAGCGAAGAUGGAAGUUUUCCCAUAAAAAAGGCUAGUCCCAAGGUCGCCUAUAGACCUUUAGAACUCGACUCAGACUUGGAACAUGAUCCAGAAGAAUCUGUUCCUAAACCUCAAAAGGAAUUCAAAAGCCCAAAUAUGGAUCCAUCUCCUGUGGUUGGAUUGAUUCCUCUUCCUGCAAGAAGGUUUCCAAAUCCAGAUCACUAUGAAGAUCCUAGAAGGUCGAAAUCUAGGGGUGCAAGUCCUUUCGAAAAUCCUUGGAGAAAGACAGGUGACUUUAAUGAGGUUGGAAUUCCAGUUGUUGAGCCUUCGAUGAACGUUUUAGAAGAUAGAAUGCUUGCUCCUCAGUACGAACAAAAAGCAAGUCAAGACCGACUAGACACUGUCAGGACCUUGUUAAAGUCAAUGGAGGAAGCAAGGUAUCGGUCAGAACACGACGUGACCUCGGAUGUAUCUCCGCCGUUGAGACCACCCUCUCAAGGUCAAGCAUCCUCCGGAUUUGGAAGCUUACCAGACGUGAGGGAAAGGACAACUCCUCAACCUCAGGAACUUGCUUUGAAUUCCAAAGAAAAUCUUUCAGCGAAAACACCCGCGAUUCAUAAAAGCCAGCCAUUUGUUUGCACAAAUUUAUAAAAAUUAAGAUUUUCUGUUGAUUCAGAAACUUUUUACCAAGUCAUAUUUGCAGGAAUUUUGAUUUUAAGCUGAUAGUUUUAAUGUGAAGCUGUAGAUACCGUUAAGACAUAAAACUAUUGACAUCAAAGAUCAAUUUUACUGUCAAUAGCUGUACUUAUUACUUUUAGUUAUUUUUUGUAACGUUUUUCGGUAAAAUAUUUAUUUUACUGCCAAAGAAGAUUUUCUAUUCAUUCGUUUAUAAAUGAAAAAAUUACUAUAUUAUGUUGGUAAUAGUAUUUAUAUUUCUCAGGCCAUUCAAUGCAUGAAAGUACAUGAAAAAAACCUCCGAAGUUUUUGAUACCAAAGAUAGGGAUCAUUAUCAUUUUACAGGUAAAUUAUGUCAACCCUGCCAUGCAAACUGUAAUCUAAACACUAAUUCCAAUCCAAUAAGGGGCCGUUUAAAAAAUACGUCACACGAACAGUGAAGUGGGGAGUUAACCGGUUUUGUGACGAUUUGUGACGAUUUGUGACGUGGACGGGGAGGGGGGGAGGUUAACAAAUAAUGUGACAUUAC